AUGAACAAUUCAGACAGCAGAAUAAAUCCUAGACAACUGGGAACUCCCAGAGGUAUUAAAGCAGAGUGAGGAUCCUAUACUGCUGUCCCAACAUCAGGUGAUAGAAAGAAUCGAAAUAAACCCACUCGAGGGAGGAAGAAGAGUAUAUUUGAAGCCUACAUGUCAAAAGAAGAUAAAAAAAAGAGAGCUAAUUCAGGUUGUCUACUCCAGGGACCCUUGAGAAUAAAUCCUAAGAAGUACCAUGAAGCCUUCAUUCCAUCUCCAGAUGGGACUCGCGAUAUAUUUAUUGAUGGAGUGGUUGCUCGCAACAGAGCCCUGAAUGGUGACAUCGUGGUAGUGAAACUGCUUCCCAAGGAGCAAUGGAAGGUAAUAAAGCCAGAUGGUAGUGACAAAGAAACAGAAGCCACACAUGAAUCAGAUGUCCCUGAGGAUAUGUUGGGGACUUGUGUUCCUCGAGAGACAGCGAAAGGCGAUGCUAAAAGUCCGGAUGUCAUUAUAGAAGCUCAGUUUGAUGAUAAUGAUGCAGAGCAUGGACAAGACCACUUGCAGGAUACGUUGGCUGAUGACAUUAAGAAACUUUCCCUGGAUACCGGUGCAAAGGGUGAAAAAGAUGGCACUGCUCCUGUAACAAAGCAAGACGAUGGACCCAAGGUGAAUGAUCCCAGGCUCCUCCCAGAUAAGUUUCUUCAAAGGACAGCCAAGGUGGUCUAUAUUUUGGAAAAGAAGCAUUCCCGAGCAGCUACGGGCUUCAUCAAGCUUCUGGCGGACAAGAACAGUGAGCUCUUCAGGAGAUGUGCCAUGUUCUCACCUGUGGACCACAGAGUGCCCAGGGCCUAUGUGUCCUUGGCUGAUUGCCCUCCAGACUUUGUGACCAGGCCUGAGGACUAUUCAAAUAUGCUCUUCAUCUGUCGCAUAGUGGACUGGAAAGACGACAGCAACUUUGCAACAGGGCAGUUGGCCAAAAGUCUUGGGCAGGCUGGGGAGAUCGAGCCGGAAACGGAAGGGAUCCUGAUGGAGUACGGUGUAGAUUUCUCUGACUUUUCCCCUGAAGCCCUGGAAUGUCUUCCCCAGAGCCUGCCCUGGGUUAUCUCACCAGGAGAGCUGGCCAAAAGAAGAGAUUUAAGGAAAGAAUGCAUUUUCACCAUCGACCCAUCAACUGCCAAGGAUCUUGAUGAUGCUUUGUCCUGUAAACAACUCCCUGAUGGGAACUUCGAAGUCGGCGUUCACAUCGCAGAUGUAAGCUACUUUGUCUUGGAAGAAACAGCACUGGAUAAAGUAGCGAGCGAAAGAGCAACUAGUGUCUAUCUAGUGCAAAAGGUGAUCCCGAUGCUUCCCAAGCUGCUCUGUGAGGAGUUAUGCAGUCUCAAUCCCAUGCGAGAUAGGCUGACUUUCUCUGUGAUGUGGAAGGUGACUCCAGAAGGCAAGAUCCUUGAUGAAUGGUUUGGGCGGACGGUCAUCUGCUCCUGCGUGAAGCUAAGCUAUGACCAUGCACAGAGUAUGAUUGAAAGCCCUGGGAAGGUGUUCUCACCUGAAGAACUUCCCCCUGUCUCCCCUCAACACUCAAUAGCUGAGAUCCAGCAAGCUGUGCUGAACCUGCAUCGAAUCGCCCAGCACCUCCGCAAACAGCGCUUCAUCGAUGGUGCUCUGCGCUUAGACCAGCUGAAGCUCUCGUUUACCUUGGACCAGGAGAGUGGGAUGCCUCAAGGCUGUUAUAUCUAUCAGUACCGGGACAGCAACAAACUGGUGGAAGAGUUCAUGCUGCUCGCGAACAUGGCCGUGGCCCAUCAGAUCUACCGCUCCUUCCCUGAGCAGGCCCUGCUUCGCCGCCACCCCCCACCCCAGACCAAGCUACUGAAAGACCUCAUGGAGUUUUGCAACCAAGUCGGCCUUGACAUUGACUUCAGCACCGCGGGGACCCUGCAUAAAAGCUUAAAUGAAACAUUUGGGGCUGACAAAUACUCCGAAGCCAGGAAAGAAGUGCUGACCAACAUGUUCUCCAGGCCCAUGCAGAUGGCUCUCUACUUCUGCACCGGCGUCCUGGAGGACGAGACCCUCUUUCGCCACUACGCCCUGAACGUGCCCUUCUACACGCACUUCACCUCACCCAUCCGCCGCUACGCUGAUGUCAUCGUGCACCGUCUCCUCUCUGCCUCGCUUGGUGCCAGCUCCCCCAUCAAGAUGGAGAAAGAGGCCAUCCAGAGACAGGCAGAUCACUGCAACGACCGGAAGAUGGCUUCCAAGAGGGUGCAGGAGCUCAGCACCGACCUCUUCUUCGCCAUCUUUGUCAGGGAGUGCGGUCCUCUGGAGUCAGAGGCCAUGGUGAUGGGUGUCCUGAAUGAGGCCUUUGAUGUCCUGGUGCUGAAGUUUGGAGUCCAGAAGCGCAUCUACUGCAACGCGCUGCCCUUGCUGGGCUUCCACUUCCAGAAGGUGGGGAGGAAGCCGGAGCUGACACUCAUGUGGGAGCCAGAGAAGCUGGAGCAGGAAUCUGUGCCCCAGGUGAUCACCAUUUUCACGCUGGUGGAGGUUGUGCUGACAUCGGACGGUGUCCCGCUCAAGUACAGUGCCCUGCUCAAGAGACCGAGCUUGGAGAAGUGA